AUGCAGCGCCUAGCCAUGGACUUGCGGAUGCUCUCCCGGGAGCUCUCUCACUACCUGGAGCAUCAAGUCCGGGUGGGUUUCUUCGGUUCAGGUGUGGGCUUCUCCCUGAUCCUGGGCUUCAGCGUCGCUUACGCCUGCUACUACCUGAGCAGCAUUGCCAAGAAGCCCCAGUUAGUGACGGGGGGUGAGAGUUUCAGCCGCUUCCUUCAGGACCACUGUCCCGUGGUGACAGAAACCUACUACCCUACGGUCUGGUGCUGGGAGAGUCGAGGACAGACGCUGCUGAGACCUUUCAUCACUUCCAAGCCCCUGGUGCAGUACAGGAAUGAACUUAUUAAAACUGCAGAUGGAGGACAGAUUUCCCUGGACUGGUUUGAUAAUGAUAACAGUAAGCGUUAUAUGGAUGCCAGCACCCGACCUACUGUCUUAUUGUUGCCUGGCCUCACUGGAACAAGCAAGGAAUCCUAUAUCCUUCAUAUGAUCCACCUCAGUGAAGAACUAGGAUACAGAUAUGUGGUUUUUAACAACAGAGGAGUGGCGGGAGAGAAUCUCUUGACACCAAGGACUUACUGUUGUUCAAACACUGAAGACUUGGAGACAGUCAUUCACCACGUCCACAGUCUGUACCCUUCUGCUCCAUUUCUGGCAGCAGGAGUAUCAAUGGGAGGAAUGCUGCUUUUAAAUUAUUUGGGCAAAAUUGGACCAAAAACUCCUUUGAAGGCAGCUGCAACUUUUUCAGUUGGUUGGAAUACCUUUGCUUGCACGGAGUCACUGGAGAAACCACUGAACUGGCUGCUUUUUAAUUAUUAUUUGACAACUUGCCUCCAGUCUUCCGUGAAUAAGCACCGGCAUAUGUUUGUAAAACAAAUUGACAUGGAUCAUGUCAUGAAGGCUAAAUCCAUAAGAGAAUUUGAUAAGCGAUUCACUUCUGUCAUGUUUGGCUACCAGACAAUUGAUGACUAUUACACUGAUGCCAGUCCAAAUCGUAGACUGAAGUCAGUAGGGAUUCCAGUGUUGUGUCUGAAUUCUGUGGAUGAUGUUUUUUCACCCAGUCAUGCUAUUCCAAUAGAAACUGCAAAGCAAAACCCUAAUGUUGCUCUGGUUCUUACUUCUUAUGGAGGCCAUAUUGGUUUUCUGGAGGGAAUCUGGCCAAGGCAGUCCACCUACAUGGACCGAGUCUUCAAGCAGUUUGUGCAGGCCAUGAUUGAACACGGACAUGAACUCUCAAGCAUGUAG